AGCACGCAGGAGUGGCCCCCGGCAUCCUUACCCUUCUCCCCACCCCCACGCCACCCGCUCACCAGCUCGGCCACUGCUCGCGCUGGCUCUGCCGCCGCCGCCGCCGCCGCCAACGCCGCCAACGCCACCACAGCUUCCUCCGCUGCGGGGCCACAGCCUUGAGUGUCAUUCAAGGGACAGCACAACCUCACCCAAGCUCUCCUACCUCUGCCCAGCCGUCCCUCUCAUCCUCCCCCUUCCUCCGCCACACUCCAUCCAAAGAAGAGGGAAAGCGCGGAGCAGAGGGGAGACAGGCAAAGUCUGCCACCCUCGUCCCUUGGCCCCCUGGGUCCUCCAUCCCGAUUUUGACUCCCAACCCCUCUUCCCCAAAGGACCCUCAGGAACUGAGGCGACUCACCCUACUGCCAUGUCCAAAAGCUUGAAAAAGAAAAGCCACUGGACUAGCAAAGUCCACGAGAGUGUCAUUGGCAGGAACCCGGAGGGCCAGCUGGGCUUUGAACUGAAGGGGGGCGCCGAAAACGGACAGUUCCCCUACCUGGGGGAGGUGAAGCCGGGCAAGGUGGCCUAUGAAAGCGGCAGCAAGUUGGUAUCCGAGGAGCUGCUGCUGGAGGUGAACGAGACCCCCGUGGCGGGGCUCACCAUCAGGGACGUUCUAGCCGUGAUCAAACACUGCAAGGACCCCCUCCGGCUCAAGUGUGUCAAGCAAGGAGGAAUUGUUGAUAAGGAUCUUCGUCACUACCUCAACUUAAGAUUUCAGAAGGGUUCUGUUGACCACGAACUUCAGCAAAUCAUCCGUGACAACCUCUACCUCCGCACAGUGCCAUGCACCACAAGGCCACAUAAGGAGGGGGAGGUCCCUGGAGUGGACUACAUUUUCAUAACCGUUGAGGAUUUUAUGGAAUUGGAGAAAAGUGGUGCUCUCCUUGAAAGUGGGACCUAUGAAGACAACUACUACGGUACCCCAAAGCCUCCAGCGGAACCAGCACCAUUAUUAUUAAAUGUAACAGACCAGAUACUUCCGGGAGCUACUCCAAGUGCUGAAGGGAAACGGAAGAGAAAUAAAUCAGUGAGCAACAUGGAGAAAGCAAGUAUAGAGCCUCCAGAGGAGGAGGAGGAGGAAAGGCCUGUGGUCAAUGGAAACGGCGAAGUCAUAACACCAGAAUCCAGUGAACAUGAAGACAAAAGUACAGGUGCCUCAGGGGAGACCCCCUCCCAGCCUUACCCUGCACCAGUGUACAGUCAGCCUGAAGAGCUAAAGGAACAGGUGGAUGAUACAAAGCCAACGAAGCCUGAGGAGAAUGAGGACUUGGACCCAUUGCCUGAUAACUGGGAAAUGGCCUACACAGAGAAGGGUGAAGUCUACUUCAUUGACCAUAACACAAAGACAACAUCAUGGCUGGAUCCACGACUUGCGAAAAAGGCUAAACCUCCAGAAGAGUGCAAAGAAAAUGAGCUUCCAUAUGGCUGGGAAAAAAUCGAUGAUCCCAUAUAUGGCACUUACUAUGUUGACCACAUAAAUAGAAGAACACAGUUUGAAAACCCUGUCCUGGAAGCAAAAAGGAAGCUACAACAGCAUAACAUGCCCCACACAGACCUUGGAGCAAAGCCCCUGCAGGCCCCAGGUUUCCGAGUAGGCCGCUCAUCGGCGACAUUACCUAGGCCCAAAUCCAUCUUCCCCCGUACUGACCCGGAGAGGUCCCGCAGUGUGAAUGACUUGUCUUACUAUCUGCUGGACCACAGAGGGACUCCCUGGCCACUCGAAAAGCCGCUCUUCACCCGGGAUGCAUCCCAGUUGAAGGGAACGUUCCUCAGCACCACCCUCAAGAAGAGCAACAUGGGCUUUGGAUUCACCAUCAUUGGUGGAGAUGAGCCGGAUGAGUUUCUCCAGGUGAAAAGUGUGAUCCCGGAUGGACCUGCCGCACAGGAUGGAAAAAUGGAGACCGGUGAUGUCAUUGUCUAUAUUAAUGAAGUUUGUGUCCUUGGACACACUCAUGCAGAUGUUGUCAAACUUUUCCAGUCUGUUCCUAUUGGUCAGAGUGUCAACUUGGUGUUGUGUCGUGGCUACCCUUUGCCCUUUGAUCCUGAAGAUCCUGCUAACAGCUUGGUGCCACCCCUUGCAAUAAUGGAGAGGCCACCACCAGUGAUGGUCAAUGGAAGACAUAACUAUGAAACAUAUUUGGAAUACAUUUCUCGGACCUCACAGUCAGUUCCAGAUAUUGCUGAUCGACCACCUCAUUCUUUGCACUCCAUGCCAGCUGAGGGUCAGCUCGAUGGCACGUAUCCACCACCCGUCCAUGACGACAAUGUGUCUAUGGCUUCAUCUGGAGCCACUCAAGCUGAACUUAUGACCUUAACCAUUGUGAAAGGUGCCCAGGGAUUUGGCUUCACUAUUGCUGACAGUCCCACAGGACAGCGGGUGAAACAAAUACUUGACAUUCAGGGAUGCCCUGGGCUGUGUGAAGGAGACCUCAUUGUUGAAAUCAACCAGCAGAAUGUACAGAACCUGAGCCAUACAGAAGUAGUGGAUAUACUUAAGGACUGCCCCAUUGGAAGUGAGACUUCUUUAAUCAUCCAUCGAGGAGGUUUCUUUUCUCCAUGGAAAACUCCAAAGCCUAUGAUGGACCGGUGGGAGAACCAAGGCAGUCCUCAAACAAGUUUAUCUGCUCCGGCCGUACCACAGAACCUGCCCUUCCCGCCUGCCCUUCACAGGAGCUCCUUUCCUGACUCAACAGAGGCCUUUGACCCACGGAAGCCUGACCCAUAUGAGCUCUAUGAGAAAUCAAGAGCCAUUUAUGAAAGUAGGCAACAAGUGCCACCCAGGACCAGUUUUCGAAUGGAUUCCUCUGGUCCAGAUUAUAAGGAACUGGAUGUCCACCUUCGAAGGAUGGAGUCUGGAUUUGGCUUUAGAAUCCUCGGGGGAGAUGAACCUGGACAGCCUAUUUUGAUUGGAGCCGUCAUUGCCAUGGGCUCCGCCGACAGAGACGGCCGUCUACACCCAGGAGAUGAGCUUGUCUAUGUGGAUGGGAUCCCGGUGGCUGGCAAGACCCACCGCUACGUCAUCGACCUUAUGCACCACGCAGCCCGCAAUGGGCAGGUGAACCUCACUGUGAGAAGAAAGGUGCUAUGUGGAGGGGAGCCCUGCCCAGAGGAUGGGAGGAGUCCAGGCUCUGUGUCAACCCACCACAGCUCUCCCCGCAGUGACUACGCAACCUACGCCAACAGCAACCACGCCGCCCCCAGUAGCAAUGCCUCUCCGCCUGAAGGCUUUGCCUCACACAGCCUGCAGACCAGUGAUGUGGUCAUUCACCGCAAAGAGAAUGAAGGGUUCGGCUUCGUCAUCAUCAGCUCCCUCAACAGGCCUGAGUCUGGAGCCACCAUAACUGUGCCCCAUAAAAUCGGACGCAUCAUUGAUGGGAGUCCUGCAGAUCGCUGUGCAAAACUAAAAGUGGGAGACCGGAUCUUAGCAGUCAACGGCCAGUCUAUCAUCAGCAUGCCUCACGCUGACAUCGUGAAGCUCAUCAAGGAUGCGGGUCUUAGUGUCACCCUUCGCAUCAUUCCUCAGGAGGAGCUCAACAGCCCGGCAUCGGCACCCAGCUCGGAGAAACAAAGUCCCAUGGCCCAGCAGCACAGCCCUCUGGCCCAGCAGAGCCCUCUGGCCCAGCCAAGCCCAGCUACCCCCAACAGCCCUGUUGCCCAACCAGCUCCUCCUCAACCUCUUCAGCUACAAGGACAUGAAAACAGUUACAGGUCAGAAGUUAAAGCAAGGCAAGAUGUGAAGCCAGACAUCCGGCAGCCUCCCUUCACAGACUACAGGCAACCCCCGCUGGACUACAGGCAACCCCCAGGAGGGGACUACCCGCAGCCCCCAGCCUUGGACUACCGGCAGCACUCCCCAGACACCAGGCAGUACCCCCUGUCAGACUACAGGCAGCCACAGGAUUUUGAUUAUUUCACUGUGGAUAUGGAGAAAGGAGCCAAAGGAUUUGGAUUCAGCAUUCGUGGAGGAAGGGAAUACAAAAUGGAUCUGUACGUGUUGAGAUUGGCAGAGGAUGGGCCAGCCAUAAGGAACGGCAGAAUGAGGGUAGGAGAUCAAAUCAUUGAAAUCAAUGGGGAAAGCACCAGGGACAUGACACACGCCAGAGCAAUAGAACUCAUCAAAUCCGGAGGAAGAAGAGUGAGGCUGCUGCUGAAGCGAGGCACGGGACAAGUCCCAGAGUAUGGAAUGGUACCUUCCAGUCUCUCCAUGUGCAUGAAAAGUGACAAGCAUGGGUCCCCAUAUUUCUACUUAUUGGGCCACCCUAAAGACACGACGAACCCCACGCCUGGAGUGCUGCCGCUGCCGCCGCCCCAGGCCUGCCGGAAGUAGGCGUCUCCCUCGAAGACAUCCUCUCUCCAUUCUCUCCAUCACAUCCAGCCCCACCCUCCGACCCUUCCCACCAGAUAGGCCCAGACCCAACUUGGGAUAUCCAAAGGGAACACGACGUUAGGAAACCAAAGGAGCUUUCGGCC